GAUGGUCUGUAUAGUCGUUUGCGAUCCCGUCCGACGAACAGUCUUGCAAAGUGCUCUGAAGUGUUGAAGGUCUAUUCUCAAUAUAAUAUUUUAUCUGAAAAUAACUAAAAUUCCAAUUGAAAACGUACAGUUUUUUACAUUUGCUAGGAAUAUAAUAUACUGUCUGGUUGUAUAAUUUCUAUUUUCAUAAAUACACGACUAUUCAAUAAUGAUCCGUUGUCAGAUGUACGCGAUGGUCGUCUUUGUAUUCGGGUGUCUCGUCUUGUUACCGGACCACAGCAAAGCUAUCAAUUGUUGGGUGUGCUCCACGGACACAGAUCAGCGGUGCAACGACCCGAUGAAUAUGACCAAAGGUGCGAUCGAGGACUGUAGCAGAGCGCCACAUUCGGCUUUCUUGCAGCCAGUGUGCAAGAAACAAAAACAAAGAGUGAAUGGGGAGCUGCUGAUAAUCCGGUCGUGUGCUUGGGCGUCGGACAGCCGGAGCGACGAUGGCCCAUGCGCCAUAAAUACCCCUGCGAAUAUACGUAUCGAACACUGCAGCACGUGUGACCAGGACCUUUGCAACGGCGCGAUAGUCAUUGGAGGCUGCACCAUAUUCCUGACCAUCGUUUUGGCGAUCGCGACCCAUCUCGUUACUUAUUAACAUCAGCUUUUUUAUUUCAAAACGCGCCCUUUUCUGCCUUAACAAAGCGGUCAUACUAUACUCAUGUAGGUAUAUGACACACAUUUUUAAGUAUAUAAUAUAUAUAAAUAUUAUAUAUAUACACUGUAUGUUUAUAUAUAUUACAUUAUUUUGAUUUCUUCGAUAUUAAACAUUUCUUUUUUUAUAAUUAUUGUAACUAUAUAUAAAAUUUAAAAAAAGUAUAAUUUUAUUUAAUUUAAAAAGGUAACAUAGUUUUAAUUAUAAGGAAUAUUAUGAUUUAUAUAUAUCUUAAUUACAAUCCUAACGAUAAGAAAUUAUAAAUGGUUAUUAAGAAUUACAUUUUUAUAAUUUAUCAUUAUACACCUAUUUUCUUAUUUUCUUUCGCUCUUCACCCCUCCCUUUAUAUGGGGUCGGCCACCCUCGUCCUAUAGAUCUAUAGAACUUUCUCUCCCCCCAUUAUAUAUAAUUACCUAUUAUUUAAAUGUUUGUUUUGUUAUUUAAUGUAUUUGUUAAUUGUAUUUAAAAACCUCAGUACCUAUCACCUUUUUUGAUGAGUUAUAUAGGAUUACUUAUGUAUUUUAUAUGAUUAUUCAGUAGGUGUAGGAUAAGUGCGCUGUUUUCAUAUUUUAAAAUGUACCUAAAAGUAAGUGUAUUGCAUUUUUUUUAUUUUUUAAUAAAACUAUCUACAUAAUGUUAUACUUUAUUUUAAAACUUAGAUUAAAUGUAAUGUAAUUUAAUAUUUAUGGGCAUAUAUAUAUAUAUAUAUGUGCAUCUAUAAUAAUAAUGAUAAAGAAUAAAAUAAUACGUAUACAUUAUACAGGUUAUAUACUUACCUUCUAUUUUUUUUAAUUUGAUUUAAUAUUUUGUACGAAUGGACCAUUUCCUUCUAAAUAGGUUUUGGUUAUUAUUUUAAAUUAUAUCAUUAUAGGUUAAACCGCGUGUUUUUUUUACAUUGUUACGUACGUACGAUAGCGAAAGUGUAACCGACUUUAAAUGUCUUGUAAUAAUAAGACAAUCAUGUUUUGGCUACGCUAAAAUUAUUGCUGUUUAAACUUGCUUUUUGGUUUCUUAUUUAUUUAUUAUAUAAAAAUAAGUAUAUAAUAUAGUCAUACCUAUUAUAUAAAUUAUAUAAAUAUAUAUGUUUUAUAUAUAUUAUUUUGUUCACGUCUUCCCAGUUCGGGUCAAUUCGUAGUAUACAUUUUUAUCAGUUAUCCGUCCAAAAAUAAGCGCGUAGAUCUCUUAUUGCUGUUUUUAAGCAUUAGAUCAACGACAUUAAAUUUUGUAUAAAAUAUUUUAUUGUACAAAAUAGGAAUUUUAUAUUUUUAACAUAUUAUUAUCAUUAUUUGAGAUUAAAUAUAUGUUGCAUGAGAUUUAUAUUUUAUCGGCGAGUAAUCGUUACCUAUAACCAUUAAUAUUUUUAAAUUAGUGAUAUCAAUUUAACGUAGGUAUAUACAGUAUACCACCUAUACAUGUAUUGAUAUUUAUUAUUUAGUGUAUAAUAUUGGUGUUUAAAUAAAAUAACCUACACUUUUUA